GCCAGCCCUGCGACCCGAUGACCUGUCGUUCUGUACUUGCCAAGAAAGAAGAAGUGGAACCUGCAGACCACUGGAACGGAAGGAACCUGAGGAUAUCGACAGUAAUAGAUAUCGACAGUGAUAGACAGUGAUAGAUUUUGUUUAGUUGCAUAAUACCUGUUAGAACCCUAUAUAAUGACUAGUUAUACCGCUGUAUGAUUGUCACUCUCUGAGGAGGUGACCCAACGCUGCUGUUCCUGUGAAUCUUCUACAAUAAAUACUGCUCAGAGUAACCCACAAGAGUUUGAGUCUCUACCCAGUGCCUACCUACGACCUUUUUUUUCAGUUGGCACCCCACAGAUGGGACUCUGCAGCAUAAACUGAAACAACGGGACCUGGCCAGGGACAGGACACAUGCAACGUGAAUGCCCGUUGCGACCCCAAUAUCAACCAGGAGCUACUCUACCUGCACCUGCUGCCACUGCUGGUAGUCAACUUGGUGGUAUUACUGACGCCCCUUCUGCUCCGCCGCCUCCAUAUCGUCGUAGCUACUCUCAGUAAGCAUUGCAUAAUGACCUUAGAAAUUUCCUCUACAGGCCAUGUCUUAGCUGAUGUUAAUGGAAAAUCAGUCUCUUUCUUAGUAGAUACGGGGGCUACACUCUCGCUUCUCAACUUUGAUGUGCCACAAACAUCGCAGGAAAUGAUUGCUAUCAAGGGUGUUACAGGCUCUGUGCUUAACCAUGCUCUCUCUAAACCACUCCCUGUUACUUUAGGUGAUAAAGUUACAUGGGCUCGCUUUAUUGUUGCACCGGGGGCACCGACUUCUUUGCUGGGACGAGAUCUCUUACAAGAGUUUGGUACUCAAUUGACCUAUGGUAAAGGUAAAGCUAAAUUGAUUUUUAUUGGAAGUGUUUUCACUCUAGAUCAUACUCCGAAGAAAGAAGUGGCCAUUCCCUGGGAAUUGCGGAAUGUCCCUUCUGGACUUUGGAGUCGUACAACUAAAGAUAUUGGUCUUUUAAAGUCUGCGCUGCCGGUUGUCAUUAAAACUAAAGGUGGUCCCCCUCCUGCUAUUAAGCAAUAUCCAAUACCAGCUGUUGCAUUACCGAGUUUGCGAAAACAAAUUCAAACCUUUCUCGAUGAAGGGAUUCUAAAACCUAUUGUGAGUCCAUUUAAUACCCCAAUUCUUCCAGUUAGUAAAAAUAGACUAGAUGAGGAUGGAGAUCCUGAGUACCGUUUUGUACAAGAUUUACGGGCUAUCAACGAUUAUGUUGAAGCUCCGCACCCAGUUGUACCAGAUCCAAGUUUAAUUUUAACCGAAAUUCCAUCUUGGGCGCACUGGUACACUGUUUUAGAUCUGACAGGAGCUUUCUUUAGCAUACCUGUAGCAGAAGAAAGCCAACCUUUGUUUGCCUUCACUUGGGAAGGUCGCCAAUUGACUUGGACUCGGCUCCCUCAAGGCUUUACUGCUUUCCCUACCUUGUUUUCGCAAAUUCUCAAAUAUGAUCUCCAAGAUAUUGAAUUGCCAAACAAAUCUGCACUGAUUCAAUAUGUUGAUGAUUUGCUUGUUGCUAGCCAAACUUGGGAGGCCUGUGCAAUUGAUACAGAGCACCUUUGCAUUCGACUAUAUCAUAAGGGUCAUCGUGCCUCAUUAGCUAAGUUACAAUUCUGUGAACCAGAGGUAAAAUAUUUGGGCUUUGUUUUAGCAGGAGGAGUUCGAAAGAUUGAUCCCGACAGAAUCAACGCUAUUCUUCAAAUUACACCACCUGUUACUAAAAAACAAAUGAGAGCUUUCCUUGGCCAAGCUGGGUUCUGUCGACCAUGGAUUUUAGGGUUUAGCGAACUAGCUAGACCACUUAUUGAAACUACAAAGGACAAAGCUCCAGAGCCAAUUGUCUGGAUGCCAGAAUUGUCCUAUGCCUUUGCAUCUUUGAAGCAAGCCUUAGUCACAGCCCCAGCUUUAGGCCUGCCAAAUUACUCAAAACCUUUCACUUUGUAUGCUACCGAGAAGGGUGGCAUUGCAAAGGGGGUCCUAGUACAACCUCAUGGACCCUAUGAAAGACCUGUGGGUUAUUAUUCAGUUGCUCUUGACCCAGUUAUCAAAGGGUCGCCACAUUGUCUUAGAUCAGUAGCAGCAGCUGCGGAAUUAGUGGAAAAAGUUCGCCCACUUGUUCUGGGUCACAAAUUGAUUGUUGCCGUGCCUCAUGAAGUUGAACUUUUACUAACCCGAUAUGCUACCAAGUCUCUCUCACCGCAGCGCAUACAUCGAUACGAAGCCAUCCUGUUACUGACCGAUAAUAUCUCUUUAAAACGGUCAAAACCCUUGAACCCAUCUACCCUUCUACCUGAGGUGCACCUUUCCAAUGACCCACACGACUGUGUGCAAUUCGUCACCACUUAUUCUAAAAGCAGAGAAGAUUUGCAAGAUGUUCCUCUCGCCCACCCUGACCUUAACCUGUUCACAGAUGGAUCAAGUUACUAUCUGCAUGGUAAGCGUUUUACUGGUUUUGCUGUUGCCACUGAAAAUCACGUACUUUUUGCUGAACCUCUCUCUUCAGCACUUGGAGCACAAGCCGCAGAACUAAUUGCCUUGACUCGUGCUGCAACGUUUGCUAAAGGUCUCCGAGUUAAUAUCUAUACAGACUCUAAGUACGCUUUUGGCAUUUGUCAUUCUGUUGGCGCACUUUGGAAAGAACGCGGUUUUUUGACCUCCGCCGGUCGUACUAUUGCUCAUGGACAAUUAAUUCAUGAUUUGCUGCUCGCUAUCCAGGAACCACGAGAAAUUGCUGUUAUUUACAUUCCUGCUCAUACUAAACGCCUUGAUUCUUUCGCUCAUGGCAAUGCCUUGUCCGACUCCGCGGCGAGAGCGGCAGCAGUCCACGAUGCAUCUCCUGCUACGACUGUGGUUGCUACCCUUCUUCCUUUUCCCGUUGGUCCUGCCCUUUAUGAUGAACUGGAUGAAGAAGAGCUCAACAAAUGGAAACGCUGGGAAGCAACGCAACAGGACGGCAUCUGGAAACUAGGUGAUAAACCCUUAUUGCCUAUGAGGUAUGUCCUUCCUCUAACUCGCUGGAUUCACGAUCGUACUCAUGGGGGGCCUGAAGCUGUAGCUUCUAAAAUCCAACAGUUGUGGGCAGCGCCUGGAGUUUACAGUGCUGCAAAACGCCUGACUGGCUCUUGUACUCUUUGCAAGAAAUAUGGGGUCACAAAGGUCACAACAGUCCCUGGCAAGCGGCCGCCUGCUUACUUUCCUUUCCAGAAACUGCAAAUUGAUUUCGCAGAACUUCCCCCUUCUAUGGGAUAUAAGUACAUUCUUGUUAUUGUUGAUCAACUUUCGCACUGGGUGGAAGCCUUUCCUACUCGCAAGAACGAUUCGAAAAUUGUGGUUAAGACCCUGCUUCGUGAUAUCAUUCCGAGGUACGGUAUCCCUGAAAUUAUUGAUUCUGAUAGGGGACCGCACUUUACUGCUGCUGUUCUAAUGCAAGUUUAUAUUGCUCUUGAUAUACAGGCUGCCUUUCACACGCCCUACCAUCCACAAUCUUCUGGACAGGUAGAGCGGAUGAAUCGCACUAUUAAAGAUCGUUUGGCAAAAGUCACUGCAGACACAGGUCUCAAAUGGCCUGAAGCAUUACCGCUUGUUUUAUGGGAUCUUCGUACAACUCCUCAUGCUACUACUAAACUCAGCCUGUUGAAGUUUUGUUCGGGCGAGUUUUGGCAGUUCCGUUUACCUUUAUGUCUGCCAAAACUGCCCUCCUGGAAGGGGACGAGGCAGUAACGCAGUACUUGCUCUAUCUGCAAAACAGUUUUACUCGGAUCAGAAAUUAUAUGCAUUGGUAUCAAGGAGUGACACCAGAAAUUCAAGAAUUGCGUAACCUAUCUCAGAUUGUUUUACAGAAUCAAAUGGCUUUAGACAUCCUGUUAGCUUCGCAAGGAGGUGUCUGUACCAUGCUAAACUCCAGUUGCUGUAUGUAUAUUGAUCAGAGUAAGCAAUUGAUAACUGAAGUGGAUAAAAUCUGGAAAGUUAGUCAUGUUAUGCAGCAAAUUCAACGAGAUGACGCUAACUGGGGUGUCGCAGACCUGUGGCAAUGGAUGACUUCCUGGUUUCCUGAUCUCGGAACGUUAGUGAAGAAGAUUUUGAUGAUUGUCAUUGUCAUUGUAAUUGUCUUUGUGAUCAUUUUUGUUUUGAUUCAAUGUAUGUCAAUGUUUUGUAAUUGUUGCUGUAAUCUCUUGAAUCAACAGAAGCUUUAUUAUCGUUAUCAGUAAAUUGGGAAAUUUUAAAGAGAAAAUGGGGGACUGUUGUAGGAAAAUAGGAAAUUAGGAUUUUAGGCCUAUAUCAGUGUUAUAAGCUGUGCUGCUAAGGCUGAAAGUCUCAGCUUGUCCCCUGUAUAGUCCUUACCCAGAACCAUAAGCGUGGUUACAUUAUGCUUGCUUUGUACCCUUAGUUAAGACAUUGAUAAAUGCUAUUCUUAGGGUUGCUGAUUUCUAUGCUAGACUGGUGAACUAUGGAUAACAAAUGAGACAGGUGGAACUUCAAAAGAAGCUAGCCCUGCGACCCGAUGACCUGUCGUUCUGUACUUGCCAAGAAAGAAGAAGUGGAACCUGCAGACCACUGGAACGGAAGGAACCUGAGGAUAUCGACAGUGAUAGAUAUCGACAGUGAUAGACAGUGAUAGAUUUUGUUUAGUUGCAUAAUACCUGUUAGAACCCUGUAUAAUGACUAGUUAUACUGCUCUAUGAUUGUCACUCUCUGAGGAGGUGACCCAACGCUGCUGUUCCUGUGAAUCUUCUACAAUAAAUACUGCUCAGAGUAACCCACAAGAGUUCGAGUCUCUACCCAGCGCCUACCUACGACCUUUUUUGUCAAGGAUGAGAAGGAAAUAAGGCAAGGCAAGGACAGGCAAGGACAGGCAAAGCAAGGCUAGGCUGCAGGACAUUUUUUUGCUUUAUAUUUUCUAGCACAUUCGUCCUCGGACUACGAGGAAAGCCAUAAGACCGUAUGGAUUAGGCCCAAGCAAAUACACCGGCUAC